AGUUUUACAUUUUACAAGAUUGAAGAUUUAUUAUAGAACAAAACAAAUUCAUUUAGUUUCGUUUCGGUUCGGCUCUAUUCGAAAAUAGAAAAAAAACGAAACAAUGGCUGCAAAUGCACCUCCCAUGACUGCAACAGACAGCUUAUCACAGGCAGUUAAAGCAAAUAUAAUACAUAACCAGGAAUACUUAUUGCAGGGUUCUGUAUUGGAUUCAGCUGUAGAAGUACUGCUUCACAGACUACGGGGACUCUGUGAUAAUGUUGACGCCGGUCCGGAGACUUUUGAUGAUCAGGAGGUUUGCUUCAUAUUGCGGGAUCCUAAUCAGCAGGCACUACCCUCAAUGCUGCGAGUGCGGAAAGCAUUAGAUGCAAGAGACAUGCCUUACCAGCUGCGGUAUAUUGGACAAGCUGAUGGUGAAAAGAAUAGACCAACGGUCCUGAGGAGUGUGUUGGACAUAGCCUGUAGUGGAAUGCUGUUUGAGUUUCUCAAUGAACUGGGUUGUAGAAUUGAGUAUGAAUAUAGUGUCAAAGGUUACAUGUUCAGAAAGGGACGCAUGAAGAUCACAGUGGCGAAGGUAUUCAAGAUACCUCAGAGCUCUAUGGCCCCAGAACCUAUCUCGCAGAGUUACCUAGUGGAAUUGUCUGUGCUAGCUCCAACAGGCCAAGACGCAAUAGGCGAAGACAUGCGCGCAUUCGCCGACCAACUCCGACCCCUCGUGCAGUUGGACAAAAUCGACUACAAACGUCUGAGCCACAUGGCCGUCACAUAGCCAAUGUUUCCUACUUAGGCUGCCUUUGUACGUAUCACUAACUUAUCGAUGAUACGCAUAAAGACUGCCUUGGUGAUCGGAAGUGUUAAUAAAAGUGGAUGCUGCGAAUUGUAAAGACAUUUUACUUAAUGUAUUUUAUAUUAUUACUAUCUUAUGUGUAAUUUUACUCAGUGUGUGUAUAAUAAAAUGUAUUUCAUUAAGGAUAAGAAAUGCGUUAAAUAACAAUAAUACAAAAUUUAAGAUAAGCAAUGCGUUGUAUUCGAUAAUCUUAAAUGAAACAACUUUUAACUUCGUAACAAGACGACAUAAUGUAGAGCAAGGAGGAGGCAAAUGUAUGCAAUUUUUAUAAUAUAUCUUUAUUAUAUUUUUAAUUAGAGCUCAAAGGUAUCUAUUGAAAAACUGUAUAUACUUUUUAGGGUUCCGGUAACGUACCUUAAGCAUUAUUUUUAUAUUUGCACCCUUAUAAAUAACAUAACAGGACGCGAAUGUUUGUAAUGCUGGCUUGUUUGAACGAAUAGCAAUUUCAAACAAUUUAAUUUAAUGUUUUUAUAUUUUUGUCAUUAUUUGAUUUCGUAUUUUUUGUUUAUUUACACAAAAUCAUAAUAUGACUAGCUCGCGCUUUAUUAUCGCAUAUAAAAGUAUGUUUCUUCCUCUUAAAAAAUCUUAACCAUCUACUAUGUAUAUUACGAGUAUAAGUUUUUACUUUUUAAAAAUAUAUUAUAAGCAGCUCAUUUGGGGUUUUCCAUUAUUUUACAUAGGUUUUUUUAAUAAUUUAAAUUUAUAAAACUAUUGAUGAGCAACUUAACUCUAAAUUGAUGAUUUGUUAACUACUAUAUUGGAAAAUCUUUAAUAAAAAUUCUAGUUAAUAUAAAAAAGUUACAUUAUAUUUUUUGUACUGUAAAAUACAUUCUGAUAAUGUAAAAGUUACAUUGCAUUUUUUGUACUGUAAAAUACAUCCUGAUAUCCAAAAAUAAAUU